AUGUUUGAACCCAUUCGCUGGUUCCAUCCCCUUUUCGAUGCAUUAUUUGGCUUUGAUAUUCCUUUUACUUACCGGUGGCGGCUUUUUCUGCUACAGCCAAUAUCCGUCAUGACAUGUGCAAUGAAAUGGGUACCAUGGAUGUUCUCGCGCAGAUACUCCUCAAUUCAAAUACCAUUACGCCAUAGGCCAGGUCAAUCAGUGCGCGCCAUCGUGUUUUUGCCUCUAGGAGGGUCAAAAUCGACACUAGAAACAUCCGGAGCACUUCGACCACUCCACCUUGACUUCCACGGCGGAGGAUUUAUUGGUGGAAAUCCGGAGCAUGAUGCGGAAUUUUGCAGUGCACUGUCCGAUGAACUGGGAGCCGUUGUCGUGUCAGCGACAUAUCACUUCGCCCCGCGAUAUACUUUCCCAGUAGCUAAUGAAGACGCCCAAGAUGUUGCUGCUUUCCUCACUGAAAACGCAGAACGUCUAUGGAAGGCUGAUCCACGAAUCCUCACUGUCAGCGGGUUUUCAGCGGGCGGAAACCUUGCCCUUGGUGUAGCCCAGGGGCUGGCUGGUACAGAUUAUAGCGUCAAAGGCUCUGUCACUUUCUACGCCCCAGUAAGCUACAUUUCUUUAUCAUUAUAA